ACAGCGUUCACAUGAGCUGGGGGGGCUAUUUCUGUGUGUAGGGCUGAAACAUGAAGCACUGACCCCCACGUCAGGGUGUAUAAAUAACAGGCCCAGUGUCUGUUUAUAUUCUGAGGUGAUGGACCGGGUCCUGCAUGCCGGAAGACAAGGAGACCAACAACCUGACCCGUGACCGCCAAUGGAGUACAUGAACAACGCCUCGAACAGCUACGGUUCUGGAGACACCGUUAGCAGCUCCUUAGCCAACAUGACCAUCAAUGAUCAACAUCACCAGGAGAACGGCGUCAAAAUGAAAGACGAAGGAGCAGUGAUCUUUGAAAACGGGCUGAAAUCUGACCUUUCUCAGCCAGAGAGCAGCCGAUUGGAUGAUGAGAUGCUUCCUGAUACUUCUGCAGAGGAAGGAGCAGAAAUUGUUUCUGAGCUCUCAGACAAAGAAAGAGAAGACGAGGGCCAAGGUGCAGGAGCUGCGUCUGCAACAGCUCAAGCAAAGACAAACAACGGAGAGAAGACUGAAACCGUUACCACGACAACCUCUUCCCUUAAAAGACCCUCUGUUGUCACCAAGAGCAACAAAACCGGUGCUUCCUGCCGAAACGGCCACAGCUCCAUCCCCAUUAAAGCCAGCAGCAGCCCAGGGCCCAGGCAGCCCGGAGUUUCUGCUGCUGCCAAGCCUCAAGUCCAAGGAGCCAAACCUGCUGCCAGGAGUGCAGCUAAUCCAGCUAGUGCCAAGAAACCCCCCCCUCCAAAAAAUGACAGAGAUGCCAGGAGCGGGCAGAGCAGCCCCGGGACGCCCAAGUCCCCCGGCAGCCAGGCGCUCUCUGCCACCGAGGCCAAAGUGAAAAAGGUGGCCGUGGUGCGUUCCAACCCCAAAUCUCCGGGAUCGCUGAAGAGCCGUUCUCCGGCUCCUCUGGCCGCCGCCGCCCCGCUGCCCGACCUGAAGAACGUCAGGUCAAAGAUCGGCUCCACGGAGAACAUCAAGCACCAGCCUGGAGGCGGAAAGGUCCAAAUCCUGGAUAAGAAGCUGGACUUAUCUAAUGUUCAAGCUCGCUGUGGUUCUAAAGACAACCUGAAGCACCGACCCGGGGGAGGAAAGGUUAAAAUAGUUGAACAGAAGUUGGACUUUAGAACUGUCCAGUCUAAGUGUGGCUCCAAAGACAAUAUAAAACAUAAACCCGGUGGAGGAAAUGUCCAAAUUCUUGAUCAGAAGUUGGACCUGAGCAGCGUUCAGUCCCGCUGUGGCUCCAAAGAUAACAUAAAACAUGUACCUGGUGGUGGCAAUGUUCAAAUUGUGCACAAAAAGAUUGAUUUGAGCAACGUUACGUCAAAAUGUGGAUCAAAAGACAACAUUCAUCACAAGCCAGGUGGAGGAAAUGUGGAGAUCAAAACCGAGAAGCUAGAGUUCAAAGUUCAGUCCAAAGUGGGCUCUCUGGACAACAUCGGUCACGUCCCCGGAGGUGGACAGCGGAAGAUUGAGAGCCACAAGCUGAGCUUCCGUGAGACGGCCAAGGCUCGCACCGACCACGGCGCUGAGAUCAUCUCUCUGGAAGACUCGCCCCGGCAGCUCAGCACCGUGUCCUCCUCCGGCAGCAUCAACAUGACCGACUCCCCGCAGCUCUCCACGCUGGCCGACCAGGUGUCCGCCUCUCUGGCCAAGCAAGGCUUGUGAACGCGCCCCGCCCUUCCUGCACCACGUAGAGGAGUCCUUACUUUCACUGGACUUUUUUUUAAGCUACCCAUCACUGUUUUUCCUCCACUAACCUUUUAACUUAACUGAGGCGUAACUUUUAGAGAACAGGUAGGCCAGAGUGCAGCGGUUUCUCUCUGUGGUCUUCUUGCAAAUAUUUAAACCUUUUGUAGUAAAUAUUUAGGAUUUAAUGCACCCAGUCGAGCAGAAAUUUCCCAGUGAAUCUGAGUGAAUUAUUUCAACUCAUCCUGAUAAAAAAUGGCCUGAUUUCCUUUCAGACUGUAAAUCCUGACAGAUUCACCUUUGUUUUGUUUCUCUGACCCCCGUUUGAUUUAAAGGAACAGUGACAGAAUCUCAUGAAGGUUUGGGAGGAAAUGUCAGAAGAACAGUAGCAUCUUUGUCUCUGCAGAAAAAAAACCCCUCACUGCUUUCUUUGCUUGGCGUCCAGACGUGUGCUGCUCCUCAGAGGAGGGAGGAGACUCUGGUUGAUGGAGAAAAUAGGAGCACCGAGGAGCUGAAGGAGGCGAAACAAAAGAAACCUGAUGAGAAAUGUUUAGAUAUAGUCGAAGGAAUCAAACUGCCUGCGUAUUUUAGCUGGUUUGCUUCAAGCUUAAUGUUGGGAAACGUCCGUCAGUUAAAAUGGGAUCUAAAUGAGGCGGACGCCAUCAGGAUUUAGGCCCGUUCUCCUCGCUGCUCCUAUUUUCAACACGCCACCUUCAGCACCGGCGGUCGGAGAGUUUUCUAUGGUAUUCUCUGCAUUUAUGACAUGUAUUUGAUAUGAACAGACAUUUGUAUUGUG